AUGUCUGUUUUCAGCACUGAACCUGGAAGCGCAGGUAUUGGUGGUGACCAGGAGUGUUAUGCUCAGCUAAAACUUGUGCGUCAGGUGCGCUCAUUCUUGGAGAAGUCAGACCUGGCCAUGGUGGUAUAUGCCUUGGUUACAUCCUGUCUGGACUACUACCCCAAGCUCCCAGGACUUCUGAGCAAAGCAGGUCGCCUGGUGUGCUCCUCUCACAAGCAACUCAUGAAGAUCGCAGACUCAUGUGAUGAGGCUCGCUCCAAGCAGCUGGAGGACCAGAUCAACUAUGACCACUUACGGAAACUGGAACGCAUGUUCCGUGAAGCUGACAUCGAUGGCGGAGGAGGGCUGGACAUGGAAGAGUUUCGGAAAGCAAUGAAGAAGAUCAUGGGAGAUAUUUCUGAUGAAGAUAUUGACGUUAUUUUCAUGAAGGUCGACAUCAACUGUGAUGGCUCCGUGGACUGGGAGGAAUAUCUGAAUUACAUGCUCCGUGAAUACCGAGGGAAGGACGACAUGCAGAAAAGCAAGCUGCUCCCGGAGUUCCAGGUGAACAUGAAACGUGUCCCAGUGGCCCACGCUGAGGAAAUUGUCAAGAUCCAGUUUUUCCCAAACCAGAGCCGGGGGUUGAGGGCCAGGAAGGAGAGGUCAUGGAAAAUCAGUGGCCGCUCUGCCCCGGGGCGAUUCCUCACCGUGAGCCGGGAUGGGAUCCUCCACUAUUGGACCGACUCCUUCAAAAUGCUCCGAACGGUUCAUUUGGACCAAACCAAGCGACGCCACAGUUUGAAACUCUGGGUGAUCGACAUGCUCUGCCUAGCAAACAUCAACCUGUUGGCAGUUUCAACUACUGACCAGGAUAUUGAAUUCUUUGAUAUUGGUGGUAACAAAUGUGACCGGAUCUUUACCCUUGUGGAUUUGGAAGGGUGUGCCACGGCCAUGGAUUACUGGACAGAUGGACAAAAGGGAGUGUUCUGUGUUGGUGACGUCAAAGGCAACAUCCUGAUCUUCACUUCGACGGAUGUUAUGAUGAAUGGCCUUUUCAAUAUCCGCAGCUACAUAGGCGGCUUAGCAAGGGUCCCCGUGAACAUCCUCAUGAAAUCAAAGACUGAUUUAUACAGGAAUUUCACUGUGUCUGCUUUGCACGGAGACUGGUGCCAACAGAUCAUGUACAUCCCCCAGCUCAACCUGGUCGCCUCCUGCACACCGGCAGAUAAGGGGGCCAUGGUGCUGACUUCGCUUCCAGUUCACAAAGGUGCCAAAAUCCAAUCAGCCGCGAUUGUUCUGAAGAAAGGCAUCCUCUGCUUUGACUACUCCCCUGAACUGAAUAUCCUUGUGACAGGGGGAUAUGAGCCGCAGGUCCGAAUCUGGAACCCAUACGUCACCAGCAGUCCCAUCACCCAUAUGAAAGGGCAUGUCACUGCGGUCACCCACAUCAUGAUCAACGGGGAGAGGACCACCAUCGUCAGCGUCUCAAAAGACAAAAACAUCCGUAUUUGGGAUCUACUGGAUCACUUGUGUUUGCAGUCAAUCCAUGGCAGGAACGUCCCUCUGGGGAACUGUCCCAUCUCUGCUACCUACUACCAUCAUCCUAACAACUUCCUGAUCUGUGCCACUUACACACUGGGCAUUUUCUUUGGGGCAGAAUCUCCUGACGCAGAAUUGAAGUCUCAUGACCAGCCGCUCUGCUGUGCCUUGUACAACAAGAUUUUUAAGCAGGCCGUGAGUGGCUGCUACAGUGGGCUCAUCAGUGUUUGGGACAUCACGUCUGGGCAGAAGAUUAUGGAGUUCUCCACUUCGCAAGAGCAGCCGGUGGAAAUCACCACCAUGAUGUUCGACCCACCAGAGAGGCGGCUGAUCACGGCCCUGAAAAACGGGACCAUCAAACUGUGGAACUUCAACAAUGGCGCCUGCCUGUUUGAGCUGCCCUUUGAGGAUAAGAGCGAGAUCAGCUGCAUCUAUUACAUGAACUACAAGAUUUUUGUGUCCGGGUGGAGCAAGAGGGUGACCUGGUACCUAGACGUCAAAGAACAUGACAAAAUAAUUGAGUGCAAGCACUGGAAGUCCUAUCACUCUGACGACGUCCUCUGUAUGGAUGGCUACAGCAACAAGCUUCUGGUGACAGCAUCUUGCAAUGGAGACAUUGUGCUCUGGAACGUCAACUCUGGGCAGGCCUUCUGCCGCUUCAACGCCAGCGAGAGCCCCCUGGUGCUUCUGCCAAAACGGGAGUUCUCUGUGGAUGUGGAAGGUCCAAAGCUGAGUGGUACCCUAAAGAAACAUGACUUUACAAGUGAUCUUGGCAAAAAGUGCUGGGCUCAUUCAAGGACCGGAGUCCCCCCCAAGCCCCCUCUCCCGCCAAGGCCUGCCACUGCAAUGCAUCCUUCUGCGUCUUCGGUCCACCCCAGGCCUCCAGGUUCUGCACACCCCGGGAGCCGAAUCAUGCAGCCCCAGGUAGCAUGGGCCUGUGAAGGAGGUGGAAAGAGUGCUCAGCCUCCAAAAGCACCAAGCACCACUGGGGCCAGUGCUCAAAAAAAGGAUGCAAUGACCUGGCAGCAAGAAGUCAGUGCACCCCAAAUAGGCGUGGAAAAGGUCCUCUUCCUCAAAACCCGUGAGCGAGGUCCAGACAACGCCAUUCUCCUGACCAGCUGUUCAGACGGACAUAUCUGUGCUUGGGCCAUUGGCAGCAAAGGAGGGUUGAUGGGCAAAUUCCGGGCGGCCCAUGGCAUCAGCCGGGACACGGCCGUCUGCUCCAUGUGCACCGACGACAAGGACCUGGUUCUUUUCACUGGGGAUUCCUUGGGCUACAUUAAGAUCUGGGACAUCAUGAACUACUGCACCCCAUUCAAGGGAGAAGAUGCUGUGUCCGUGAUGAGUGACGAGUCUGGCGCGGAGAACAUCUUUUGCAGUUUCAUCCCUGAGUACUGCAAAGUUACUCCAAGAUACCUAACCCUUGGAGCAAAAGAGCAGGUCCAUCAGGGCUGGGUUACUACCCUGGUUCCCCCAGACUGCCUCAGCUCUUGGAGGGGACACCUGAAGAAUGUGGUCAGCAUCAGAUAUGUUGAGAGAUAUCGAGUAAUUCUGACGUCCAGCCACGAUUGUACUAUCAAGCUCUGGAUGCUUAAGGGCAAGUACAUAGGGACCUUUGGACAGUCACAAUGGAGACUGGGCAUACAGCACCUGCUCCCAGCAGAAGUCCCAGAGGAGAUACGGCGGGUGGGCUCCCUUCACACCAUGAAGGUCCUGAACGAAGGCCGACGGCCCCAUUGGGAGUGA